AUGCCCCCUCAACGGUGCGCAAAGUCGCCCAAAAGCAACAGCAGCGUUGACAAGAUCAACUCCUUCGCAACAUUCUCUCAGGCCCUCUCGACGCGCCUCCCCUCCGCAAACGAUACCUUCUCCAUCGACGCCCUGCUCGUGGAGCUCAACCCCCAGCUCGAGACGAUUAUCCGUUUCUCUGGUAGUCCAAGAGCGAAAUCCCAGAGGGCGGAACUUGACAGGAGGGGGACGGAGCUUUGGAAUCUGUGUACCCGACAACGUCGUGAUAAUGUAGACGGGACGGCGGCAGCACCGGCUGCGAGGAAGAAGCUUUUGUUGCGGAGUAGGACGUUUGCUUUCUUUAUGAUUAGCAUCGCGAGGGGUGUUCCGAGCGGUGCUGAGCCGCAACUUGCGGAUGUGGUGCAUGUGAUGAAGUUGGCGCUCAAGGCGGGGAAGACGUGUCUCGAUGAAGGCGGUACCAGCUCGAGUGCUCUGAAGCUCGCCGAGACUGUGUUCGAGAAGGGGGCGGGAUACAGCGCGACAUUAAGUCAGCUACAGGCCAAAAUGUUGGGACCGGAUGAUUUGAAAGAAUGCAAAAAGCUAAACGCUGAAUACUUCAUACUCCGAGCAGCACUGGCAAGUUCGCUCUUGAGUUUGAUGAUGCGGCCGCUCCUAUAG